UCCAGACAUUACAAUUGACAUUGCCCACUUCAAAACAAAUAAAUUAUUCUCAUUUUGAAAUUUAAUACAAUCAUUACGAAAGAUGUUACUGAACAGAUAUACCAAUCUUGUGACUGUCUUGUGAAGUGCAUAUUUGAGAUAGGCCUAGGUUUACUGACUACAGCAUUGUUCAGUAUAUAGUUUUCGGCCCAGUCUACAGUAAUGGAUGUUUUUCAAUCAGGAUCUGCUGUUGUACCUGCAACUCAAGUUGAAAUCAGUGUAUCCUGCAGAAAUCUGCGAGAUAAAGAUGCAUUUUCCAAGUCAGAUCCAAUGUGUGUUUUAAAAAGCAAAGGAUUUAAAAACCAAUCGUAUCAGGAGAUUGGAAGAACUGAGAUGAUUAAAGAUUCUUUAGAUCCUGAGUUUGUAAAGAAGUUUUUAGUACAAUAUUAUUUUGAAGAACGUCAGCUCAUGAGAUUUGAAAUAUAUGAUGUUGAUUCUCCUAGUGCCAAAUUAAAUCACCAUGAUUAUUUGGGUACAUUUGAAGCAUCACUUGGUGAACUAGUCAGUGCUCCAGGGGGAACUACUGAGUCAAGAUUGAGGGGUCAUGGUAGUGGAAAUUUUGGUACAAUAACCAUUCGAGUGGAAGAAGUGUGUACAAACAAGGAAGAGAUUUCAUUACAAUUCAGUGCAAAAAAUUUAGAUAAGAAAGAUUUUUUUGGUAAAUCUGAUCCUUUCCUGGUAUUUUAUAGAGCUAAUGAAGACAAUAGCUACACAGUUGUUCAUAAAACAGAAGUUGUGAAGAAUAACCUCAAUCCAACAUGGAGACCAUUUGGUGUAGCUGUUAGAACAUUAUGUAAUGGAGAUUAUGACAGGUCUAUUAAGAUAGAAUGUUAUGAUUGGGAUAGUGAUGGCACUCAUGAUUUGAUUGGUGAAUUUACAACUAAUUUACGUGAAUUAGCUAAAGGACCUGGUGCACAUAAUGAGUAUCAGGUUACACUGAUGAGUUCUAGAAUUAUACAGAUUCAUUCAUUCCUAGACUAUAUUAAAGGAGGAAUGCAGAUGAAUUUUACUGUAGCAAUAGAUUUUACAGCUUCCAAUGGGAAUCCUUCUCAUCCUACUUCAUUGCAUUAUAUUAAUUCUCAACAACUAAAUCAAUAUUCAUCAGCUAUUACUUCUGUUGGUGAAAUAAUACAAGAUUAUGAUAGUGAUAAGGUAUUUCCAGUGUUGGGGUUUGGAGCUAAAUUACCUGAUGGAAGUAUAUCUCAUGAAUUUGCUGUGAAUUUUAAUCCUAAUAAUCCAUAUUGUGCUGGUGUUGGAGGUAUAUUACAGGCCUAUUAUAAUUGUAUAACAAAAGUACAACUAUAUGGUCCUACUAACUUUGCUCCUGUAAUUAAUCAUAUAGCAAGAUUUGCAGCUCAAUCAGUGAAUGGUAGUAAUUAUUAUGUAUUAUUAAUUAUAACUGAUGGUGUAAUAUCUGACAUGAAUUAUACUAAAGAAGCUAUAGUCAAGUGUUCUGCAUUGCCGAUGUCUAUUAUUAUAGUUGGUGUAGGAGAUGCUGAAUUUGAUGCUAUGGAUGAAUUAGAUUCUGACAAUGAUAGAUUAAGUUACCGUGGUAAUUAUGCUGAAAGAGAUAUAGUACAGUUUGUACCAUUUAGAGAUUUUAUUGGAGGGAGAUAUGGAAAUGAUAUGAAUUUAAGUAAAGGAUAUUUAGCUAAAGAAAUUUUAGCAGAGGUUCCAGAACAAGUGGUACAGUACAUGAAGAAAAGGGGAAUUGCACCACAAAAACCAUCACAAAAUGCCCGAUCAGUUGUAAAUACUCAACCUACAGCGAUGGGUAGCCAAAGAGGUGCAGCACCACCUCCUCCAAUGGGUAAUUCACGAGGACCAGUGCCACCAGCUCCUGUUGGUAACAAUGCUCAAACCCCAUACCCAUCUAUGGGUCAAUCUCAGACCGCAAAUGUGCCAUACCCACAAUCAGGAGAUUUAAAGAAAAAAGAAAUAGGAUAA